GCCUCUCCUCUUUCCCGGAGCCUGGGCGGAGAGGGAGGAAAACUUCCUGGCCAGGGCUCCGUGCCGCUGUUUGCCAACCGUCCAAUCCCGCCUACCAGUGCCAGGAGCUCCCCACCCCACCCCCGGCUCCCCCGGUGUCCGCCAUGGCCAAAGCCUACGACCACCUCUUCAAGUUGCUGCUGAUCGGGGACUCGGGGGUGGGCAAGACUUGUCUGAUCAUUCGCUUUGCAGAGGACAACUUCAACAACACUUACAUCUCCACCAUCGGAAUCGACUUCAAGAUCCGCACUGUGGAUAUAGAGGGGAAGAAGAUCAAACUGCAAGUCUGGGACACGGCUGGCCAAGAGCGAUUCAAGACAAUAACGACUGCCUACUACCGUGGAGCCAUGGGCAUUAUCCUAGUAUACGACAUCACGGAUGAGAAAUCUUUCGAGAAUAUUCAGAACUGGAUGAAAAGCAUCAAGGAGAAUGCCUCUGCUGGGGUGGAGCGCCUCUUGCUAGGAAACAAAUGUGACAUGGAGGCCAAGAGGAAAGUGCAGAAGGAGCAGGCCAAUAAGUUGGCUCGAGAGCAUGGGAUCCGAUUUUUCGAAACUAGUGCUAAAUCCAGUAUGAAUGUGGAUGAGGCUUUUAGUUCCCUGGCCCGGGACAUCUUGCUCAAGUCAGGAGGCCGGAGAUCAGGAAACAGCAACAAGCCUCCCAGUACUGACCUGAAAACUUGCGACAAGAAGACCACCACCAAGUGCUCCCUGGGCUGAGGACCCUUUCUCGCCUCCUCACCCUGGAAGCUGAACCUGAGGGAACAGGACAGAGGCAGUGAGCAGGGGAGUAAUAGCAGAGGGGCUUGCAGGGACAGACAGGUAGAUGGUAAAGAGAAUGAGGAGAAAAUGGAGAAAAGGGAAAAGCAGAAAAGAAAGAAGAGAGAGGUAGGGAGAAGGGAAGGGAAGGGAAAAAUUGAGCAAGUGAAAGGAGGUGAGGAGGCAGGAAGACAGGGAGGAGGAAAGGAAGGGGAGAUGGCCUCAGGCUUCAGACCUUACCUGGGUUUUCAGAGCAAACAUAAAUGUAAACACACUGAUUAUUCUGUUACUACAUCAGGGUUUAGCGUCCUGCAAACGGCUGGCUCGGCACGACUCUGAAGAUUUGCUCCUGUUCUGUCACUUUUCAUGGUCUUUCUUGGUAUUAAAGGCCACCGUUUGCAUAAA